AUGCAGUCCUCGAAAGCUCUCGCUCUCCUCCGCCCUACUUCAAGGAGACAAACCUCCAUAUUUCGAGUGCCCAUACAACAAUUGGGUCUGAAGCAGGGCUACUGUUCCGUCUGUGAUGCGCAACAAUCAGCUUCCCCGCCGAUAGUGGUGAAAGCUUCCAAAAACCUCCCCACACCUCAAGCGGACCACCGAGAAUUGGGGGUACAACAAGAACUCUUUACGCUGUCAAAAUAUAGUCCCGGUUCGACCAUAUUUCUUCCAAAUGGAACGAAAAUAUUCAACAAUCUCACCAACUUUCUGCGGUCCCAAUACGAGUACUACGGAUUUCAAGAAGUCAUCUCACCCACAAUAUAUAAAAAGUCCUUAUGGGAAAAAUCGGGACAUUGGGAAAAUUAUGCAGAGGACAUGUACUCCGUGACUGGUCGAGGGGCCGAGGGGAAGAAGACUCAAAAUAUUGGGGAGGACGAAGAAUAUGGAUUGAAACCCAUGAAUUGUCCAGGACACUGUUUGAUAUUUGCAUCGAAGCAAAGGAGCUAUCGAGAUUUGCCUGUGCGAUACGCCGACUUCAGUCCACUUCACCGAAAUGAGAUCUCGGGGGCGUUGAGUGGAUUGACCAGAGGGCGGAGGUUCCACCAAGACGAUGGUCAUAUAUUCUGCCGGCCCUCACAAAUCCGAGAGGAGAUUUCAAAAACGUUGGAAUUCGUGCGCUUAGCGUAUGAUGUUCUUGGGCUGGGAUCUUAUCGACUGGCGCUUUCCACUAGACCCAGGGAACAUUUCAUUGGGACUGUGGAAGAAUGGAGCAACGCGGAAGCGGCGUUGAAAGAAUCUCUAGAUGCUAGCGGAGAACCUUGGACGCUUAAUGAAGGCGACGGCGCUUUUUAUGGACCAAAAAUUGACAUUAUUUUAAAAGACACGGAUGGGAAAGAGCACCAAACCGCAACCAUUCAGCUUGAUUUCCAGCUCCCGAAGCGGUUUGAGCUAUCAUACCACGCACCAGCUCCCGAGCUGGAGCAGAAAGGCUUGAGUACUACUGAUGCUGAGCUUCUGUCUGUCGAAGGGCCGGUCACCCCAGUUAUGAUACACCGAGCGGUAUUAGGGUCGGUGGAAAGAAGCAUGGCUCUUUUGAUUGAACACUAUAAUGGUGCAUGGCCAUACUGGUUAAACCCCCGUCAGAUGAUGCUUGUCACUGUCAACGACCAGGAACCAGUCGUCGAGUACGCUCGGGAGGUCAAGAGGAUUCUUCAAGGCCUUGAUGAACCAAAGGGUGCCACUUCUUCCUGGAAGGGUACUACUAAGCACUCAAAUGGACAGUCAGUCGAUAUUGACGAUAGUGCUCGAUCAGUAAAGAAGAAGCUCUCGGAAGCCAAGAGAAGCAAGUAUGCGAUUGUCAUUGUCAUUGGUCAAAAGGAUGUUGAGUCGGGAACUGUCAGAGUCGACUUCUCAAGCAUACCAUCAUAUCGAUUCAACAUUGCUACCAACCCAGUACUACUUAGUAUUCUUGGGAAGGAUUCUCAGGCAGGCAAUGAGCUCACCCAGGACGAGAUCAAAAAUAUCACUAUGAAACCUAAAGAUCUGAAGGUAGUACUUGAGCACUUGCGAGCAAGUCAUGUCUAG